UUCAUUACCUUUCCGUAUCGCCGCCCUAGAAACCUGUUUCCGAGAGCGAAGCCCCCCCUCCGCAUUCCUUCCGACUCCCCUCUUACCCAACUAGACCAUGGCGGAUGUUGUGCAGUUCCGUCUCGAGGGCAUGGUCGACGAGCUCGAUGACCUCGAGAAACGUGGCCUCUUCUCCCGGCGAGAGAUUGCUGAGAUUGUCAAGCAACGGCGCAAGUUCGAGUACCGUCUGAAGCGCCCUUGUCCACUUAAGCAGGACUAUCUGACUUAUAUCGAUUAUGAGAUUCAGUUGGACUCGCUUCGUCAUCUAAGGAGGAAGGCAGUGGCUCGCGAACUUAAGAAACAGGGAAAUAAAAAGAUGAGAAUUUCUAUUUCCGACUUUGCCGGUGUGAAGAGGAUCUUGUACAUUUAUCGGCUUGCGGUUUCUAGGUAUAAGGGUGAUAUUGAUCUUUGGUUUCGCUAUCUCGAGUUUUGUAGAGCACGAAAGAACGGGAGAAUGAAAAAGGUUCUAGCUCAGCUGAUUAGAUUCCACCCAAAAGUUCCUGGGGUUUGGAUAUAUGCUGCUGCUUGGGAGUUCGACCAUAAUAUCAAUGUGGAUGCAGCACGUUCUCUUAUGUUAAGUGGUUUGAGAGUUUGCCCAACUUCAGAGGAUCUUUGGAUAGAAUAUUUGCGGAUGGAACUUACUUAUCUUAAUAAGUUGAAGGCUCGGAAGGUUGCCCUUGGAGAGGACGAGGGAAGUCUGGUACGUGAAAAUAUAACUGCUGUGGAGAAACAGUGGAGAGAAGAAAAUAAAGAUUUGUUUAUGUCAAUGGGUGAAACAAGGGGAGAUAGUGAUGGAUCAAGUGUCGAGACGGUGUCAAAGAAUAAAUUGGAUUUGUUUCGAGAAAAGGGUUCAAACAUUUUAGAAACUAUCUACAAUGGAGCAAUUGAAGCUCUACCUUCUAGUUUUAGUUUGAGAAAGCGUGUCUUAGAGAUACUGGAAGCAAUGGAUUUAGCUCAUUCAGAAGAAAUGCAGUCAAAAAUAUUACAGGAUAUAAAAAGAGACUUCGCUUCACAACCACAAUAUUGGGACUGGCUAGCUAGACUUAAGUAUAAUCCUGAAAAUGUGCAGGGAACGAGUGAUAUAAAGGAAAUUUCUCGGAUUGAAGAGGCUGUCAAGGUCUACGAGGAAGGCCUGGAGUGUAUGCCUUCAUCUGCUCUUUUUAGCUUGUAUGUGAAGUUUUUGAGGAGCAUCAUUGUCCCUGUUAAGGGUGAACAAACGUUGGGGCUAUCUAGUCAUACUGAAAACAUUACUUCGCGACUCUUGAUGGUUUAUGAAAAGGCUCUAACUUUAGGACAUAUUACAGACGAUUUAGCAUGCCAAUAUGUUUUGUUUUAUUUGGAACUUGGGAGAUUGGAUGAAGCACAGGAACUUGCACAAAGACUCUGUAGUGGAAAAUUUUCUAAUUCUGUGAAGUUAUGGGAAUUGAGAGUCUCUACAGAGAUAAAAUGCUCUUCGAAGGAUUCCCCUUCUCCAAGUAAGAAUGAUCUGAAGUCCAUUUUUGAACUGACAAAAGAGGUUCUGAAAAAAUUUUCAGUUUCGGAAUCUGGGAGCCUGUGGCUAAAGGUCCUCAAAUUUUUUGCCAAUCAGAGUUAUUAUUUUGACAAAUUGGUGGAAAUUUCACUUUUAGCAUUGGCUAAAUCUGGUGGAAAUGAGGAUGGAUUUUCACUCUCCUCAGUCAUUGUUGAUUUUGUUCUACAAAAAGAUGGAAUUCAGCAUACAAGAGAAGUGUAUAAAAAAUUUCUUGGCUUACCCCAUCCAGGGCUUGCUAUGUACCAAACAUGUAUUCAGCUGGAAUCCAACCUUGCAACUGCAGGGGAUAAAGAUGGUCUUGCAAAUGCUCGAAAGCUAUUUGAAUCUGCACUUACAACUUAUGGCCAAAAUGUUAGUUUGUGGCAAGAGUACUACACAUUGGAAUCUAAGAUAGGAUCAUCGGAAACAGCAGCAGCAGUUCGUUGGCGUGCAAGGAAAACAUUAAAAGAUGCUACAGCCCUUGCUACAUCCUCUGAUUUGUGAUUUUUUAUAAACAUUUUCUUGUAUAUUUAUCAAAUCAAUUUUGACCUUGUUUAUUUAGAAUGGUUAAUUGAUUGAGCGUCGGUGAUUGGAAACCGAUAUAGAUUUUA